AUGUUAAAGUAUAGAUCUUCGGUUACCGUUGUAAGACAGUUUGCCAGAACUAGAGUUCCAUUGGGGCUAACUCCAGCUUUAGGAUACCGUUUUGUUUCAACGAAAUGCAAUGUGUCAUCGAAUCAGUACGGUAAGAUUUACGAGGCUAAGAAAAAUGGACCAGACGCUUAUGAGCCAUUGGAUACGUUCCAGAGACGCCAUUUGGGACCAUCUCCUUCCAAUGUGGAUCAAAUGUUGAAACAGUUGGGUUACACUGAUUUAGAUCAGUUUAUCAACGGUGUUGUGCCUGAAAACAUUCUUGUGAAACGUCCGUUGGAACUUAAUUCGCCAGAGAAUGGGUUUACAGAACAACAGAUGUUGAAACAUUUGGAAGAACUUGCCAAUAAGAAUAACCACAAGGUCAGGAAUUUCAUUGGGAAAGGGUAUUACGGUACAGUGUUACCACCAGUGAUUCAGAGGAAUCUAUUGGAAUGUCCGGAAUGGUACACUUCUUAUACUCCGUACCAGCCUGAGAUCUCACAGGGCAGAUUGGAAUCGCUUUUGAAUUACCAGACUGUGGUGUCAGAUUUGACUGGGUUACCGGUGGCCAAUGCGUCGUUGUUGGAUGAGGGUACAGCUGCUGGUGAAGCGAUGCUGUUAUCUUUCAACGUUGCCAAGAAGAAGAAACUCACUUACGUUAUAGAUAAGAGAUUGCAUAAACAGACGAAGUCUGUGCUUAAGACAAGAACCGAACCUUUCGGGAUCAAGUUGGUUGAAGUUGAUCCAUUGGAUGAAUCGACUUGGUCCGUUCUAUCAUCUGAUAAAGAUGUCUCCGGUUGUUUGGUUCAAUAUCCAGAUACAGAGGGUAAUAUCAUCCCUGGUGAGACACUAGCCAAGUUGGCAGAUAUAGUACACCAAUCUAAGGGUUUGUUUGCCGUGGCAUCCGAUCUUUUGGCUUUGACUCUUUUGAAACCCCCUGCUCAAUUUGGUGCUGAUAUUGUUCUUGGAUCAUCGCAAAGAUUCGGGGUACCAUUCGGUUAUGGUGGCCCACACGCUGCAUUCUUCUCUGUUAUUGAGAAGUUGAACAGAAAGAUCCCAGGGAGAAUCGUUGGUGUUUCCAAGGAUCGUUUGGGUAAACCUGCUUUACGUCUCGCAUUACAAACCAGAGAGCAACACAUCAAGCGUGAUAAGGCUACUUCAAAUAUUUGUACUGCACAAGCGCUCUUGGCUAAUAUUGCUGCAAACUACUGUGUUUACCAUGGCCCACAAGGUCUAAAAGAAAUUGCUGGCAGAGUUUACGGAUUCACAACCGUAUUGGCCAAUGGGUUAUCAUCUUCAAACCAUACUUUGUUGAACAAAUCGUGGUUUGAUACUUUGACUGUUGAGUUAAACGGAAUCUCCGCACAAGAUUUCAUAAAGACUGCGGUCGACAAAUAUCAAAUCAAUUUAUACCAAGUCAAUAAUGAAACCGUUUCAUUAUCUCUUGACGAAACUGUCACCAAAGAUGAUUUGAUCGCCCUACUCGAAUUAUUCGGAUGCAACGCCAAUGAAUUGCCAGUAGCACUUCCAGAGUUCCCGCAAGAAUUGACCCGUCAAGAUGAAAUCUUGUCCAAUGAGGUGUUCAACACUCAUCAUUCUGAGACAGCAAUGCUAAGAUACUUACACCGUCUACAAUCCCGUGAUUUAUCUUUGGCAAACUCAAUGAUCCCACUUGGAUCAUGUACCAUGAAGUUGAAUGCAACUGUCGAGAUGAUUCCAAUCACCUGGCCACAGUUUGCCAAUAUCCAUCCAUUCCAACCAAGGGAUCAAGUGGAAGGAUACGAGGUUUUGAUCAAAAACUUGGAAAAAGAUCUUGCAUCUAUUACCGGAUUCGAUGAAGUUUCAUUACAACCAAACUCUGGAGCUCAAGGUGAAUACGCUGGUCUUAGAGUCAUCAGAAGAUACUUCGAAGACCGCGGAGAAACCCACCGUAACAUAUGUUUGAUCCCUGUCUCUGCACAUGGUACAAACCCCGCCUCUGCUGCUAUGUGUGGUUUGAAGGUGAUCCCAGUUAACUGUCUGAAGAACGGAUCUCUGGACCUCGUUGAUUUGAAGGCUAAAGCCGAAAAACACAAAGACAAUUUAGCCGCCAUUAUGAUUACAUAUCCAUCAACUUACGGGUUAUUCGAGCCUGGUGUCAGAACCGCCAUCGACUUGGUUCAUGAAAAUGGUGGACAAGUGUAUUUGGAUGGUGCCAACAUGAAUGCUCAGGUGGGAUUAACCUCUCCUGGUGACUUGAACGCUGACGUGUGCCAUUUGAACUUACAUAAGACAUUCUCUAUCCCACACGGUGGUGGUGGUCCUGGUAUGGGCCCAAUUUGUGUACAAUCACACUUGGCUCCAUACUUGCCUGCUCACGACGUGGUACCCAUGAUAACCGGUGUCGGUUCUGAUAAAUCUAUCGCCUCCGUCUCUUCGGCACCAUACGGAAGUGCAUCAAUUCUUCCAAUUUCAUAUGCCUACAUCAAGAUGAUGGGCUCCAAGGGACUACCAUUUUCCUCAGUGAUUGCGAUGUUGAACGCUAACUACAUGAUGUCCCGUUUGAGACCACACUACAAUAUUCUAUUCGUUGGAGAAAAGGGUUCUACAACUGAAACUGAGGAUCUCACACACUGCGGUCACGAGUUUAUCAUCGACCUAAGAGCUUACAAGGAUCAAGGCGUCGAAGCUAUCGAUGUGGCCAAGAGACUACAGGACUACGGGUUCCACGCCCCAACACUAGCGUUCCCAGUUCCUGGAACACUAAUGGUAGAACCAACAGAAUCAGAAAACUUAGAAGAACUGGAAAGGUUCAUCGACGCGAUGAUCUCAAUCAAGAAAGAGAUAGAUCUAUUCAUCAAGGGCGAUCCACAAGGUCAAGUAUUAAAGAAUUCCCCACAUUCUUUAGAAGAUGUGGUUUCAAGUGAUGAUUGGAGCUCCAGAGGCUACACAAGAGAACAGGCAGUCUAUCCGUUACCAUACUUGAAAUACAACAAAUUCUGGCCACCAGUGGCUCGUCUAGACGACACUUACGGUGACACACACUUGAUGUGCACAUGUCCAUCCGUAGAAGAAGUAGCCAGCGAGUGA